GGGCGGGGAGCAGCCCCGGAGUCCGAGCUCGAGCCCCCGCCCCCGGUCAGCCCCAGCCGCUUCCCGGCCCGAGCCCGAGGCUGUUGCCCGGGGGCCUGUCCAGCCGCGGCUCCAGCGCCCUCGCGGUGCCCUGCGCCCACCGAGUCCCGCUCGACCCGCGGCGGCGCGGCAGGUUUCCAACCUUGAGGCAGGUGGUGCAAGGAGAAGACUGUCCAGGCAAGAAGUGGGAAAAGAGGCUGUCCUGGUAACAGCCCAGCAGAUGGGAAGAGAGCAAGAAGUGCCCAGCUCCCCCCCAUUCAAAGGUGCUCCAGGAGCCGCCCACAUACCCACCCAGCUCUCCACUGCCUUGUCUCGGCCUCCCCUCCUGGCAGCGGCCGCCAUGUUCUCGUGCGUGAAGCCCUACGAGGACCAGAACUACUCAGCCCUGAAGCGGGCCUGUCUACGCAGGAAGGUGCUGUUCGAGGACCCCAACUUCCCAGCCACGGACGACUCUCUGUACUAUAAAGGCGCCCCAGGGCCCACCGUUAGGUGGAAGCGGCCCAAGGACAUCUGUGAGGACCCCCACCUCUUUGUGGAUGGCAUCAGCUCCCAUGACCUGCACCAGGGCCAGGUGGGCAACUGUUGGUUUGUGGCAGCCUGCUCAUCACUUGCCUCCCACGAGUCACUGUGGCAAAAGGUCAUCCCAGACUGGAAAGAGCAAGAGUGGAACCCUGAGAAGCCUGACACCCAUGCGGGCAUCUUCCACUUCCACUUCUGGCGCUUCGGGGAGUGGGUGGACGUGGUCAUCGACGACCGGCUGCCCACGCUCAACAACCAGCUCAUCUACUGCCACUCCAACUCCCGCAAUGAGUUCUGGUGCGCCCUGGUGGAGAAGGCCUAUGCCAAGCUGGCAGGCUGUUACCAGGCCCUGGAUGGAGGCAACACGGCAGAUGCACUGGUGGACUUCACAGGUGGCGUUUCCGAGCCAAUCGACCUGAUUGAGGGUGACUUUGCGAAUGACGAGGCCAAGAGGAACCAGCUCUUUGAGCGUGUGUUGAAGGUGUACAGCCGGGGAGGCCUCAUCAGUGCCUCCAUCAAGGCUGUGACAGCAGCAGAUAUGGAGGCCCGCCUGGCGUGUGGCCUGGUGAAGGGCCACGCAUACGCCAUCACAGAUGUGCGUAAGGUGCGCCUGGGCCAUGGCCUCCUGGCCUUCUUCAAGUCAGAGAAGCUGGACAUGAUCCGCCUGCGCAACCCAUGGGGAGAGCGGGAGUGGAACGGGCCCUGGAGUGACACCUCAGAGGAGUGGCAGAAAGUGAGCAAGACAGAGCGGGAGAAGAUGGGCGUGACUGUGCAGGAUGACGGCGAGUUCUGGAUGACCUUCGAGGAUAUGUGCCGAUACUUCACUGACAUCAUCAAGUGCCGCCUGAUCAAUACAUCUUACCUGAGCAUCCAUAAAACCUGGGAGGAGGCCCGGCUGCGCGGUGCCUGGACCCGGCAUGAGGACCCGCAGCAGAACCGCAGUGGGGGCUGCAUCAACCACAAGGACACCUUCUUCCAGAAUCCACAGUACAUCUUUGAUGUCAAGAAGCCAGAAGAUGAAGUGCUAAUAUGCAUCCAGCAGCGGCCGAAACAGUCCACCCGCCGGGAAGGCAAGGGUGAAAAUCUGGCCAUUGGCUUUGACAUCUACAAGGUGGAGGAGAACCGCCAGUACCGCAUGCACAGCCUGCAGCACAGGGCCGCCAGCUCCAUCUACAUCAACUCAAGGAGUGUCUUCCUGCGGACGGACCAGCCUGAGGGCCGCUAUGUCAUCAUCCCCACCACCUUCGAGCAAGGCCACACUGGCGAGUUCCUGCUCCGGGUCUUCACUGACGUGCCCUCCAACUGCCGGGAGCUGUGCCUGGAUGAGCCCCCCCGCUCCUGCUGGAGUUCCCUGUGUGGCUACCCCCAGCAGGUGACCCAGGUGCAUGUCUUGGGGGCUGCUGGUCUCAAGGACUCCCCAACAGGGGCUAACUCUUAUGUGAUCAUCAAGUGUGAGGGGGACAGAGUCCGUUCGUCUGUGCAGAAAGGCACCUCAACACCUGAGUAUGAUGUGAAAGGCAUCUUCUACCGCAAGAAGCCAUCCCAGCCCAUCACUGUCCAGAUAUGGAACCACCGAGUCCUGAAGGAUGAGUUCUUAGGCCAGGUGCAUCUGAAGGCUGAUCCGGACAACCUCCAGGCCCUGCACAACCUCCACCUCCGGCACCGCAGUGGCCAGCAGCCCGGCGACCUGCCGGGCACUGUUGCUGUGCGCAUCCUCAGCAGUGCCUCCCUCAUGGCUAUCUGAUUCCUGCCCACCUGCCUGGCCCGCACAGUUCUCAGUAUUGUCUGCAUGUCUCCACCCAGGCCCGACACUAGCCUGGAAGCCAGGACGCUGGGGUCCUUUUCCCAGCUUUCCCACUGACUUGCUGUGUGACUUGGGGAGGUCUCUGCCCCUCUCUGGGCCUCAGUGUCCUGAAGACCCCAAAGCAUUCCCUUCUUAUGGAGGAGUCUUGCCUGACAUUUAAAAUAGCCUUCCUUAUCCCAGCUGUCACCACUGCUAAGGGACUUUAUCUGUUGAAAACAUUUUUCCAAGGCCCUGCUGUCUGCCAAUGGAGUGCCAAGAAGAUGUCACUUGUUUACACACAAACUGCCACAUCCCCAAGCUCCACUCGUGCCCCUCAUGUCCCAGGCCCACCCCAGUGUUCCAGACCUUGCUUUCUCUGUCACCUCCACCUGGUGUUCUAGCCACCUUGAAAGGACUCUGCUCUUGCUGGGUUCCUGCUUUGGAUGGAAUUGGAACAUGUGCAGGUGAUAUUUA